AUGAAAUGGGGUCAUAAAGCUAAUCCGGAUAGGUGGUUCAUAAACUUACAACCUCAAUUCCAAGAAGUUGUAGACGCAAUGGAAGUGAAUGGUGAACCAGAUAUAACGGGUAUUUUCAGCGCGGCUUUAAUGCCAUUGAAAGAUAUGAAAGAUGCAGAUAUUUUGGACCAGUAUGAAAUGAACAUGGCUGAGGGAAAUAUAACACCUGACGUUCUAGAACAUUUAUCUCAAAGAACUACACAGAACCAUAGAGAUGGUAUAUUUGGUGAAGAGUUUAGAAAGAAAGUUAGGGAGAGAGAAGGAAGAGAACCUAUUGUACAUGACCUUGCAAACGAAAGUUUGCAAAAUGUCAUAAAAACUUACUUUGCAGACAAUGAAAUGAGAAGGGAUGAAUAUUUAAGAAAACUCAAAUGGACAGUACCAAAUGAAAUGUUAGUAUUGAAAAACAUGUUCCAUGACAAAAUAAAACCAACUACAGAAAUAAAUGACGCAAGACUGAAACGUUGGGUAAAAGCUUUCCCAUUCACAAAAGAUAUUAUUGGUUACAUGGAAAGAAAACCAGAAUGGCUACAAAAACAUAUAUUUGGAAACGAGCUUAUUCCAUAUGGACAAGCUCUGUUUGAAGAGCUUGAACCGGAAACUCAGGAAAGAGUCAUGCAAACAAUAAGCGAAGACUCAAAUACAAACUAUGACAAAAUCUUUCUAGGAUAUAGGUUACCUGAGAUGGGCGACCAGAGCCCAAAGGCAAAAAGGACAUGGGAAAUUUACAACAUACUAGGUGAACAUGAGGCAAAGAUGCUACAACUUGAAGCAGAGGGCAAGUUACCAAAAGCGACACCAAAGAAGAAGAGUAG